UAAGAUGACCAACCCUGGGGGGCGGGGCAUGUGUCAAAUAUUGAUUGGUCGGCCGCCGCUCACGCUGCUCUGAUGGACAGUUGAGUCUGUGUUGUGAAUGGAUGGCUGGGGUGGCAAUCAGAAGGUCGUUUCCUGCUGUCACGCACCGCGCCGGAAUCCUGAGCUCGAGCUGCGGACGUUGGGGUGGCGGAACGAAGCCAAGCCGGAGCACGAGCCCCCGGGGAGGGUUGCUGUCAUGUGUCUGGAACCGGCGACAUGGCGAAUCAGUGGGGACAGCAGCACCAGGAGCACAAACUGUUAAUAGUCGGCUUGAGGGCUGACUGGGCGGUGAAUGGGGUUUGGGAGAGCAGCCCGGGUCUGGCGCCUUGUUUACCUUAGUGUGGCCGCCUGGCAGACUCCCAGGGUCGGUUGCCGGAGAAUACACUUCCCCGUCACCUGCUUUCUUGGAGCCCCCACCUUGGGGUUUAUUAUAUUUUAAUAAAGAUGGCGGAGGAACCACAGGCUGCAAACUAAUGACUGUCAGAAACAUCGCUUCAAUUUGUAAUAUGGCCCCUCUCCACGGCGAACUGGGCCACGGUCUUCUCCACAUCUGCUGUCAGGAGGGCACCAAUGCCUCUGCUCUGGAGAAAGACAUCGGUCCAGAGCAGUUCCCAAUCAAUGAACACUACUUUGGUUUGGUCAAUUUUGGGAACACCUGCUAUUGUAACUCUGUGCUGCAAGCUCUCUACUUCUGCCGACCAUUUAGAGAAAAUGUACUUGCAUACAAAGCACAACAGAAGAAGAAGGAAAAUCUGUUGACUUGUUUGGCAGACCUGUUCCAUAGCAUUGCGACCCAGAAGAAAAAAGUUGGUGUGAUUCCUCCCAAGAAAUUCAUAUCUCGGCUACGUAAAGAGAAUGACUUGUUUGAUAACUACAUGCAACAAGAUGCACAUGAGUUUCUGAACUACCUGUUGAACACCAUCGCUGACAUCUUGCAGGAGGAGAAGAAGCAAGAGAAACAAAAUGGGAAGUUGAAGAAUGGAAAUGCAAAUGAAAUAGAAGAGAACAGUAAGCCUGAACCAACCUGGGUGCAUGACAUCUUUCAAGGAACACUCACUAAUGAGACACGAUGCCUGAACUGUGAAACGGUUAGCAGCAAAGAUGAAGAUUUUCUUGAUCUUUCAGUUGACGUCGAGCAGAACACAUCAAUUACACAUUGCCUCAGAGAUUUCAGCAACACAGAAACACUGUGCAGUGAACACAAGUACUAUUGUGAAACAUGUUGCAGUAAACAGGAAGCUCAGAAAAGAAUGUGUGUAAAGAAGCUACCCAUGAUCCUCGCAUUACACUUAAAGCGAUUCAAAUAUAUGGAACAAUUACAUCGAUACACAAAACUCUCUUAUCGAGUAGUGUUUCCUCUGGAGUUGAGACUGUUUAAUACAUCAGGCGAUGCUAUCAAUUUGGACCGCAUGUACGAUCUGGUGGCUGUAGUUGUUCACUGUGGCAGUGGCCCUAACCGUGGACACUAUAUAACUAUUGUGAAAAGCCAUGGCUUCUGGCUUUUGUUUGACGAUGAUAUUGUUGAGAAAAUUGAUGCUCAAGCUAUUGAAGAAUUCUAUGGUCUGACUUCGGACAUUUCAAAAAACUCAGAGUCUGGAUAUAUUUUAUUUUAUCAAUCAAGAGAAUAAAUUGUAAAGUACUGGCCUGGAUAAUCAGGUAGAUAAAUAGUUAAUUAGUUCAAAAGUGCUCAGGCCAUUGCCAACUCAUGGCUAGAACAUAUAGUGCUUUCAGGGCCCUUUUUUAGGGCAUCAGAACAGGAUUUAUGGUCGUAUUCCAGGCAUUUGUCAGCUACUAGCAAAUGGGAUCUUACAAAAGAGUUCUAAGUCAGUAGUUUUGGCAAGGGAAUAUCCAGUAAAAGUACUAACAAAGGUAAUGCAAGUAUGCAUGCAAGUCUUCCCUAAUAUAUGAAAUUAAGCCAAUAGUUAUGGUAGUGUUCCAGAUUUUGUUCACUGAGGUGCAUUUUCCUUUACUGAUCCCAGAUGCUUGUGUUUUUAAUCUAAUAUCAGACCUUGGUGAAGAGAUCAUUUAUUUUCCCUCUUCUCCAUCUGCUUCGAAAACUGUUGUUGGAGUGGAAGUUUGCCUGUCUAAAAUGAUUGUUAAUUCAUUGGAUUUUAAUUGAUUGUAUUCUGAUUGAUAAUGUGUCUAUUUCAAUGUAAAUGCAAAUAAUACUGCAUUAUAGUUUCAUAGAUUUUUUUAAAAAUUAACUGCCCUUUAAAAGCAGCCUUAUAUAUCACAGAAAAUGUAAUUUGAUUAGCUUGGUUCAUAUAGUCUUAUCAGCAGCAAAAUGGUUAUGCAUUCUGACUUUUGCAUGUGUAAUAAGUUCCUGUCUGCUGAAAGAUAAAAGUGGUAGAACAAAUCACAGAUACACGUUAUUUUAUUCUAAUAUACAGUGAAAUCAGUUUCAAGCUGAAUUUGGACCUCAUGAGCAGUCACUUUUAAAUGCUGUGGUAUUUAAUUGUUUAGGUUUAUAUUCUAUAAUGGGAAGACACCUAUAGCUGGAUAGUACUAGAGGAUCAUAUUGAUCGUUGUUAAUGAUCAAGUAUAUUAUAUGGUUUUUUUUUUUUGGAACGUUUUCUGGUGUUUUGUUUUAAUCAUAUCAUUUAUGGGAAUACAAUAAAUGCAUUAGAUGGAAUAGAAUGGUAUUUCUGCCAGAGAUUUGAGAAUUACAGUAGCUUAUCUUUGGCAAAGCGAGUAAACAUAUUGGAUGGCAUAUAUACUUUAAAAGGAACAAAAAGUGCUCAGUCUCAAAACUGAAAUCUGAUUCUGUAUGCUAUACAGUUGAAAACAUUAUACUCUGUCAGUUUAAGUGUCUAUUAAUUUUAUUAACUAUUUAGAUUAUGGUUCUGAUCAGAUUAGAUUUGGUUUAUACAGUGCUAAUCAAAUGAAAGUGCUUCUUAAUUCAAAAUCUGACAACUAACGUUUUAUGUUCACAAAUUUGCGGCUUCUUUCUCUUUGGAUUUUUACCUUUUACAAAAUAUUAAUUGUUCUCUUAAUUCUUUCUAAAUUGACAUUUCUUGAUAGUCCACAUCAGAAUGAUUUGGUAUAAAGGUAUUGCUCACAAAAAACCUUAAAUCUUAAAAUAGCAAACUGUAUUACAUCACCUUCCUGUUUCCCCUCUCUCCGAAUAUUAUCUUGGCGAUUUGUUGCUUCUGUUGUUAUAAUUGUUUACUUACUUUAGAAAUUCAUCAUUAAGUGGAAUAUUUUAAAAGAAAAAGUAAUAGAAAUCUAGUGGAGUAGGAAACUUCCAAAAGAUUUUUCCUUUGUUUACCUUUACAAGAAAGAAGUGGAGUGUAGUACAGUAGAAGAAAGACAGUCAGAGAUAGUUUGUUAACCAUCUUUUUAUAGCCUUUUAUGCGAUCUAUGUUUGUAAACCUCAUUUUACAUUAUUCACGUGGCACGUUUAAAUUUUCUAGUUACUAUCUUUACAGUUCUUUCGCAUUUAACUUUAAAGGGAGCCUUAUUAUUUGGCUGGAAUGUUUCUGCAAUCAAAUUAUCCUGGAUCUGAAUUCAUGUGCUUCCCUAAUUUUAAGAUCUAUUUUAUAAAUGAAUUUAUUAUGACCAACAACUAUAGCAUUUGCUUUAUACUGCCUAGUAAUAUUACACAUUUUCUAUAAAGUCUGCCUCAAACUCAACACAAAGCCUUCUUUGGCCAUUUUAAUUUGCGAAGGGAGGGAAAGUCCAUGCUAGGUAAAAUUACUUCUUUCGAUUCACCAUACAGAGAAAUCACAGUUGUCAUAUGGAUUUGUUAAAUCCAAGUCUUGUAAAUGAAGGAAAAUAUGGUCAUUAUUCUUUAUUCUCUUAUUAACUUAUUCUGUAGAGUAAUUGUUUUUUUUAAUCUAUGGAACCUAUUUAAAUGAUAUCCUGAAACUGUCUCCUUGUGUGAAAAAGGCUUUUCUGAAUGUAUUGCAGGAUUUUUCAGCAUUGAUGUUAGUAGGUAUUACAGUUUCAUUGAUAAUGCUAGCCAAGACAUUUGAACUGUUUGAUGCAUGAAUUAAUUAAAGCUUGUUGGAUUUAGCCAUAGUUUUUAGACUUGGGUUAGAUCGGAUAGACCUUUAGGAAGCAAAAUACACCUAUGCUACUUAUUCGUAGGUGGUGUCCUAGUCAGAUUUUGAUUGGAAUUCCUACACUUCCCCACCUUAGUCUCAGUCGUGGAGUUUUGACCUUUAGUUGCAAAGAUGCUAUUGUGAAAUUGGUGAAAUGUAUAAAGUUUAAUCCUUUUUUUCAUCAUCAAUAAAGAUUUAGGCGAAGAUAAUCUAAUUUUGCUGAAAUCAACUGGUCUUGAUACUAUUUGAGCCUGAUGACUGUCAGACUUGAGGGUGCUAAUUCAGGAUUCAUUAUCUUCCCUUUGUCUUACCGAGCUUAGAUUAAAUAUUAAACUAGCCAAUAACAGCAUGUGGUGACCCUUAAACAAACAUUGACCCUCCAUAUGGUUGGGUGAUCGAGAUUGUCAAAUACCUAUGCCUUUCAUUUCAGAUGCUCUUCCUAUUUUCUUGUUUCACAUGUUCAAGUAAGUCACUUUCUUGGAAUUCACAUUCUAGUUCAAGCAUGAUUUGAGUGUAUAAGUCUAUUUGCUGACAGAAUCCUCUCUUGAAUUAUGAAUAGCUCUCAUUCUGAAACAAAGUUUUUAAGAUAGCAUUAUUUCGCAGAAGUCUUUAGGAAGUUGCUCUUCCCAGAUUUGAGAAGGUCUGAGAAGCAUUUCUUUUUUGAGCUGGGGUACAAGAGAAAUAAAGGAAACACGAGCAUAGACUGGCUCCUGCACUUGGAUCUUAAAAAUAUUUUGCACCACAUAAAUUACUUAAGCCUCAAUAUCAAGGAAUUAGCUGCUAGCAAGAAUCAAUGUUUCCCUUUUUUUUUCAGCUCUUGCUCACUUUCUAUCUUGUUUUGUAAUGGUGGUUUGCCCGAGCUUAGAGCAUCUCUUUUGUUUUCGCUUUGAUCAUUCACUGGUGAUUACUACUAAAGGUUAUGUGAGCAGCUGUUCAGCCAAUUAUUUUUAUUGGAAAGACCAAGCUGUUUUUGUUUGAUUUCCAGUAUCCACAAUUCUCAUUUUAUUUUAGUGUUUAACUCUCAGCAUUCUUUAGUUUUGCAGUUUGCGCAACUGGUCACCUCUUUUGUGAUAGCACAAUUCCUUCAAGUGAGUUGCAAGUAACACUCCUUUUUGCAAUGGUUGCAAAUGCUUUAAAAUUCCAACAUACUGAUCAACAAGAAAUUAGUAUGUGGUUUGAAAUUGUCUUCUGAUGCAAGUAUUAAAUGGAUAAUAGUUAGGCAUAGUGCUAUACUCUGUUUUCCACUACUACUCCAAGAAAGUCUGUUUUCACUGAAGACAAACUCAGAUUGGAAUUUGGAACAACUAGAUUAUAUGAAAAGGACAGGAUCAGGCUAUGUGCAAUAAAAAAUAAUUUAAUUAAUAACAAAUCAAUGUGAGCCUGUAUUAAGCAAGACUGUCAGUGACACUGAGCAAGACAUGCUUGAUUUUAUAUUUUUAAUAAUUUUUAAAAUAACUUUUUUCAUAAUUACCUUUGUUCAACAGGUUUCAAGGAAGAUGCACUUAACUUUGUAGUUAUGUGAAACGAUGCUGCUCUUGGGAAAAGUAAAUGUAGUUGAUUGUUCAGCCCCUUCAGACUAUUUCACCAACUAGUUGGAUUAUGGCUUUUCUAUAUUUCAACUGUUUGCCUUAGCUCCCUUGAAACCUAUUUCCAAUAGAAAUGUGAUUUCUGUUCGCACUCUUGCGUUCAAAGCUUUUUUUUUGGUGGUGAGGUUGGGAAGCAGGAAAGGUUUGAAGAAUUCCUGGUUUUCACAUCCCUUUCACUUUAAAUUGGCCUAGCUCUAAUUUUAAGAAUUUUGUUUUUACAAUGAUUGCAAAAACUCUGUUUAAUUCUAUUUGUACCUACCUAGUUAGAUCCCAUUAUUAUUUUGCAUUCUUGAUUGUGAAUCUUCAACCUUUUAAACUGUUGAUAAUGAAAAAGAAGUUUAUGCAACCUGUCUUCAUAACUGAACUCUUUAAGCGCUGGUAAAUUUACAUUCCAUCUAUUAUGCUGUCUCUGAGCUCCAGUGACUAGCUCACAGCACAUGUUAAGCUUAGAUUUACAUCUGUGCAGUCUCAUGGUUAUUUCUAGAUCUCAAGUUUCAGAAAAUUGUGAUUAAUUCAACUGAAUAUCUUAAAGUAGAAAAUAUCAGUUUCUAGCAAUUCGUAUCAUGAGUCCAAUUAUUUUCUCCAAUACCAUUAAAAAAAAUCCUAGAUUAAAUCCAGUAAGUUUUUCCUUUAAACUUAUUGUGUGAUUAAAACUGAAUUUGUAUUUUGACCUCUCCUUCCAUGAUGUACUAGAUGUAUUUUAAUAAGUUGGCCGUUUUCAUAUGUUCUUUCUAUUUUAAUAAAAGCACUUGAAAUUUUCUUUUAGAUUCCAUUCAAGCUUUUUUACUAUUAGAUUUUUCUCUCCUUUUGCUGAUUUUUAGAGUCCCCUGGUAUUCUGGUUGACAAAUGAAAGGUGUACAGUACCUAUAAAUGAACCUUUUCUAAUCUGUUAGAAUUUAUUCUUGGAAUUUUGACAACAUUAAUGUUAAGCAUCACCUUUCAAAGUUUAUCUGAUCUCGUAGUUCACUCAGUUUUUUCGUUUUUGUCUCAAGAAGUGUUGUUAAGCUCAGCAGUGAGAAGUUUAGUAUCGUUUGAAUUCCUCAAUCCUCCCGAGUCUCGCCCCUAAUAUCAGGCAUCCCAACUGAGCAUAGUUUAUCGCAAUGAGUUUUUGUACAAAGGAAUAUAGACUGUUUCUUGUGGAGCACCAGAUACAAAAUAGUGUAUCUGAGCCCUCAUUUUGAGGAUGCAACUCUUGAGAGAGCAGUUUUCCUCUGUAGCUGUGACAAUGACCAUUUUUGACCUGUGAUUUUUGAGGAAUCCCGUUGGUUGCUACUUAGUAGUUCUGCCUCAAGAGCUCUUGAGAAUUGAAGUGGUUACAAUUACCUUGCAAAAGGGCAAGUUUUAGAACACAAAAAUGUCUAAAUGAUUAAGAAUGAUUCCAAGACACUAGGAAACCAGGUAUUCUCUCAUUUUCAUGGCUAACAUUUUUCCUUCAACCAAUACCAUAAAAACAAAUAUUAUGUCAAUCUCCAGAAAAACUGUUUUAGCUUACAUAAAUUAAUGUCAUCUAUGUUCGUGGUGUACUAUGACGUUUCAAGUAUUUCAAUCUGAUUCAUUAUUGGCAAUAGUAAUUAUCACUUGUAGAAGUUGCUGAAUAAUCACUUGUCCAACAGCUAAGGUUCUCUUUAUGUAUUGAGUAAGCUUACCUGAUCUAUGUAAACCAUUUCAAUUAUGUAUUCUUAGAAGACACUUUCUCCACACUUCACAAUGUUGGUGAACUUUGCCUUAGUUGAUCUUGCUUUGAUAUUCCAGAAAAGCCAGUAAUAAUGCCAUGACCCUGAUCUUCUGUUGUGUUCUUUGAUCUCCUGUUGCAAUUUCAACUUUAUAUACAAAUUCAGCAGCCAUAAUAUUUUUAGUCUCUUCCAAGUUUUUUUAUCUCAAUUAAUAACUACUGAAAUUAUAAACAGUGGUAAUAUAAGAUCUUCCAUUAUGCAAAUCAAAAUUGUAACCGCUUUCAUUACGAUCGAACUUUGUGUUAGUAAAAGAAUAGGCAUUUGUUGGACAGGCAAUUGUUUUGUAAGGCAAAACAGCUUGAGGCAAACUCGUGAUAAAGUGGAUAUCAGCAAAUUGAAUCGUAAAUUAUAUCUCUACAUAAACCGUCCAUUCUGAAAAAUACUAUUACUUGUGCAAUGGUAAUUGUGCAUUAGCUAAAAUAUGAUUGAUUUCUUUUCACAAUAUCUCUAAGUCAACCAAUUGGAGUGACUUUCACAUUUUUGCUCAUUGUCUUGAUUACAUAGUACAAACUGAUAUAAGCUCUGGUCAGACACGAUCAGUAUUUACAGUUUGCACUUCAUGCCUCCAGUUUUUUUUUUAGAUUUUCCAGCUUUCUGUAAAUGUUUUUAUUUGGAAAAUGAAUGAAUUUUAAGUCCUAUAGAUAUGUCUUUCUUUUGUGUAGAUUUUUUAAAACUCCGUACAAAGACACCAGAUAUUUUCAUCUUUGCACACGUUCCGUCUUGAUACUGCAUCUAUAGGAAUUAAGGUUUGAAUCAGGAUGAAGUCUUAUAGUGGAUUGGGAUGCAGUGUCUAAGAUGGCCACACUUGGUAAAAGUUUGUUAGGCAGAAUAUCCAAUUGAAUGGUUGAGCAUUCAUUUAUAUUUGUCAGUUGAACAAUCCAACAUUGGUCAAUGUGUGCUGUAUAAACGUUUAACUAUUGUUUGGUGGAGCACCAGAUCUGAAACAACAUUACGAGGUCCCUGCCAGCAAAUCAUUUGCACUAUUAACGAUUUGUAAAACAACAGUUAUAAAUUAUGGCUCUUGCCAAAAGUCUUGCUCAGGUUCAACUGAAAUGUCAAGUGACAUGAUGAGUAAGUGAUGGCUCAAGAUGAAAUAUUGGUCUCACGUGGCAGUGAUGUCAGUCAAUAUGAUUUCAUUUCACCAAUAUGCAUAACAGAAUAAUCACAGGACAGUACUAUUCAUAUAAUCAAUAUGUAGUCUAUAAAUUCAAAAUUAGAAGAUAACUCAAGUAACUUAACUGAGAUACUGUAUUAAUGUUGAAGAAAGAAUUGCAAAGUUGCUUUACUGAAUUUUUUAGAUGAAACUAUGAAUUAUUUGGGCCUAUGGAGCAUCUAAGUUGCCUUUUUGAAACCUUUGUUUGUAACUUGAUGUUUUGGGAGUUUAUCUAUAGGGAUGUGGAAUAAUGAUUUGGAUUUUAAAUAUGUUAGUUUUGACAUUGGUAUGCAUAAAUGCACUUGAGGAAUAUUGUUCCAAAUAGAGACUGUUUUCCUCCAUUUGCAUCUAACUAAGAUGUGCCUGGCAACAUAUAUAUCAAAUAUUUGGCAGUGUAGGGGAAGAAGGAGGCAAAUAGCUGAGACUACCACUUGCAAAGCCAGUUGGGCGGCA